AUGAGGGGAGCCCCAGUUUCCCCUGAUCAAUCCGCCUUCAACGAUGGCUUCAACAACCUCACCUGGCAAUAUCACCGUCCCAUCCCACUCCCCCGAUGUCUUCUGCGUGCCACAUCCUCUGCUGCUUCGUCCGUAGCCUCCAAGUGGCCUCCUUUCGUCGGUCCCAGCAGUUCCUCCAAUUCCUCGUCUAGUAUUGCGGCCUUCAGCCUCGAGGCAUACUCCGGGAGUGGUGGGAGGGGCAAAGGUCCUAGACUUUCCAGUCAGGGAGCACCCGCGACACCGGAAGGCAUAGGGCAGAGAUGCACAGGCUGGUCGGCGCGGGCGAGGCCGGAAUUCACCUCCCCUCCUUCCUCCAACGAGCUCUAG